CGUAACCUGUGACGACAGCAAUCAAAAUGAAAACAUCAAAACUAUGCGUUGUUAUUGUUGUUGCGGUUGUUGCUCUGUCCGUGUGCCAAAAUAAAUAUAUCAAUUAGCAGCUGUAGUUAGUUUUGAUAAGUGUGUGUUCAUUAUGCUUAGUCACGGAUUCAGUUUCAAUACGCAAUUGUAAUUAUGCAUGUACAUAUGUAGUAUUUCCUGUGUAAUUGAAAAUUGAGUCCCAGUGUGGUGCAAAAACAAAGCAGUAGCAGUAGCAGCGCCUCAGUUCCGGACGCAGUAAAAGUUCUUUGUCUGCGCGAACGCGACAGAGGCAGCGACGCGACGCCUACCGCAACAGCGCCUAGGUACAUGCGUUGCUGUAAAAUUUGCAGUUGUUAGUUGACAGCGACAGAGACAGAGAGGCGCGACGACGGUGACUGCGACUGCGACGUCAACGACAACGACAACUGCGCGCUGUAAUAGUUGGAGUUGGUGUGCAGAUACAUAUGUAUGUGCAUAUGUGUUAUGUGUAUGUGUGCGAGACGAGAAAUGCAAGUGCAACUAAACAAAGCAACAGCUUACCACGCGCCAUAACAACAACAAGAGGCAAACAGUCAGUCAAAUUGAGCGCUGCAACGCAGACGUUCGCGUCGCCAGUAAACAAAAGAAAGCUGGCAAAUCUGCAACUGCAACAGGCAACUGGCAACUGGGAAUAAACUGACAUGAACUGAGGAGGACAAGUGGAGGAUUUAAGUGAAAAAUUAAGUAAAAAAAAUAUAAAAUCAAAAGACAUUUUCAAAAUGUCAACUGUGAAUGUGAACCAAAAAGAGAGUCCCAGUCGCGAUUCGACAGCUUCGACAUCGGGACACAUCUCAAUGAUGACUGAGAAUACGCUGGAGUCACUUUCAAGGGAUUAUAGCCUGGCCAGCCUCAAUUCAGCUGGCAGCCAGGACGAGUUCUUUCGCUGUCGUGAUCAUGCGGACAGCGUCUUAAAGCGCAUGCAAUUAUAUGUGGACAGUCAGCAGCUGUGCGAUGUGGUGCUCAUCGCUGGCACCGAUGGCAAGCGUGUGCCCGCUCAUCGUUUGGUGCUAUCUGCGUCGAGUGCGUAUUUCUCGGCCAUGUUUACGGGAUCGCUGCGCGAGACCAAGGAGCAUGAGGUGACACUGGGCGAGGUGAAUGGGGAUGCACUGCAGCUAUUAGUGCAAUACUGCUAUACAGGAUUCAUAGAGCUGCGCGAGGAUACUGUGGAAACGCUGCUUGCCACAGCCUGUCUGUUGCAGCUAAAUUCGGUGGUAAAUGCAUGCUGCAAUUUCCUCGCCCGCCAGCUGCAUCCAUCCAACUGCCUGGGCUUUGCCUUCUUUGCGGAACAACAGAGCUGCACGACGUUGUUGCGAUUGGCGCAGGCAUAUACUUGCCAGUAUUUUAUGCAGGUCUGCCAGAACCAGGAGUUCUUCCAGCUAAAUGCCGAUCAACUGGGCAAGCUGCUGUGCAGCGAUGAUCUCAAUGUACCAUCCGAGCAGGAUGUCUUUCACAGUCUGAUGUCCUGGGUGCGUCAUGAUGCACCCAAUCGAGAGCAACACAUUGCCGAGCUGCUGGCUCUCGUUCGUCUGCCAUUGCUGCAGCCGGCAUUCAUCAUGGAUCACGUGGAGAGCGUCUGCAGCUCCAAUGAGUGCCAACAACUGGUGAUGGAGGCCUUCAAAUGGCAUCUCAUGCCCGAGCGACGAUCACGCACCGAGCGUACAACGCCUCGCAAAUCGACAGUUGGACGAUUGCUGGCCGUGGGCGGCAUGGAUGCCCACAAGGGGGCCAUCUGCAUUGAAAGCUACUGCCCGCGUCUCGAUAAGUGGACUUCCUGGAAGCAUAUGACCGGUCGUCGCUUGCAAUUUGGCGCUGCUGUUAUGGAGGAUAAAUUGAUUUUGGUGGGCGGACGCGAUGGUCUCAAGACAUUGAACACCGUGGAGAGCUUGGACUUAAAUUCGAUGACCUGGGCGCCAUUGAAUCCCAUGGCAACGCCGCGACAUGGUCUAGGCGUCGCAGUGCUCGAAGGACCACUCUAUGCGGUCGGUGGACAUGAUGGCUGGAGUUACCUGAACACUGUUGAGCGCUGGGAUCCUAUCACACGCACCUGGAGCUAUGUGGCGCCCAUGUCAUCAAUGCGUUCAACUGCUGGCGUCGCGGUGAUGGGCGGUCGCCUCUAUGCGGUGGGUGGACGCGAUGGAUCCGUUUGUCACAGCACCAUCGAGUGCUACGAUCCGCAUACCAACAAAUGGAGUCUUCUUGCUCCAAUGAAUAAACCUCGUGGCGGCGUUGCCGUGACUGUGGCAAAUGGUUUUCUCUACGCCUUGGGCGGACACAACUGUCCUGCCAGUAAUCCCAUGGUCUGUCGCACCGAUACAGUUGAACGUUAUGAUCCUGUCAGCAAUACGUGGACUCUGAUUUGCUCGCUGACUGUGGGACGUGAUGCAAUUGGUUGUGCUCUGCUUGGUGAUCGUUUGAUUGUUGUUGGCGGAUACGAUGGCCAUCAAGCAUUGAAGACUGUUGAGGAAUAUGAUCCGGUGCGCAAUGGAUGGAAUGAACUGGCGCCCAUGUCACAGGCACGUGCUGGGGCGUGUGUUGUUGCCAUACCGAAUGUUAUACCGCCAGCGGCUCCACAACCGCCGGCUAGUGCUACAAAAAAGAAGAAGUGGAAGCCAGUUAGAUUGGAUCCAAUCUGCUAUAGGCGUCGUAGAUCCGUCGAAUUUGUCGACUACUAUCAUAUGUAAUUGUGAAAACUAUAAAUAUUUAAGAAAACAAAAAAA